UGGAAACAAGUCUUCGAACGUCAAAAAUGAUCAACUCCCUUCUUUAAAGUCGUAUUUUACAUUGAAAUGGCAAUGCAAAGAAAAGACGCCCCACUUGUUGAUAAGGCUGGGUUAUAAAUGUUACUCACGACGAUUCAGCACUGAAGGAUGGACUCUAAAACUCUUCCUACCAUCUAAACAGAACUGAAGAAAACUGGUGGCCUGUAGUUGAAGUCCAUGUUUCUCCUCCUGAAAAAGAACGUCAGCCUGUUUAGGAUGGGGGGUUCUGGUGUUGACAGGAAUGUAAAAUAUCUUGCUAAGUAUAGUUUAAUAACCGUCUCAUAGUGAGUUGGUUUUGAAUUUGAACCAUCUGGUAAAUUCAGAAGGUCUCAACAAUCAUCUGAUGGAGAACAGUGAGACAAUCCUGUCUGGGUCCGGGUCUGGAUCAGGGUCAGGGGAGGUGGACCUGGACCCUGACAUUGUGAGUGAGGAGGCUGGAAAACUGUACUCGGAACUACAAACAGUUAUUGAGACUCAUGGGGAGGGCGUGGUGGAGCCCCUGGUGCCCAUAUUUGUUUGGGUCCUGGAGGGACUGGCCACCUCCAAAGCCCAGCUGAGGGAAAAGGAAGAGGAGGCCGAGAGGGAGAAAGCUGAACGAGAGGAGCUUUUUGAGCGAUACCAAGCAGAAAAAAUACUGAGGAAAGAAAGCCAAGAGAGAUAUCUGGAGCUAGACGACCAAGUUGAGCAGGAGAGGCGAGCUAUGAGGGGCAGGGAAAAGGAGCGUGAACAACGAGAGAGGGAUCUAGAGAAGAAAGCUAGACAACAAGCUGACCAGUUGGUGGCCUUGGAGGAGCAGAAGGCACAUCUAAGUAAAGAGCUGAGUACCCUAAGAAAUACUCACAACAAGUUGAAGCAGGCAUACCGGGAACUCACGGAAAAGAGGAAGGACUCUGAAAGGGAUUUCCCUUUAAGGAAUCAUGUGCGUCAGAAGAAUGCUGACUUUUCUUCUCACCAAGUGUUGUCGGAAUGCAUUGUUAAUGAAAAGAUUAUCCGAAGAGCCCAUUCAAACUCGGGUCCUCCACAUCUGGAAGAUCUGGUCGCUGCAGAAGAAAAAGUGACUGACGUCGCUUCAAAGAAUUCUCUCGAUCAGUUAGUUUCAGACAUUAUAAGCUCCACCCCGGAAUUGACGCAGUUCCACGACUUUGUUAAAUCCAGCACCCCAGUCCAACCUAAUGCUGAAGAGCCACUGCAGAAUGAGUUGGAGAGCAGUUUCAAGGUUAAGAUACGGGAAGAGGAGGAGCUCAAAGCAGAAGAAGGGACAGGAGAAAAGGAGCAGGAGAAGGACCAAGAGGAGGAGGAGGAAGAGGAGGCUGGUGAAGAUGACAGCAUGGAGUGGGAUCUCCGUAACACCGACUCUGUGUUCUCUGAAUUGUCAGAGCUGAGUCAGGAUUAUGUGCAGAGUGUAGACCAUGGGGCUAAUGUUCGAGGUGAUGCAGACCAGUUUGAUAUGAUUCUAGCACAGUGUGAGGAACUGAAAGUCUGCCAUGAAAUGGCUGAAACGGCCCGUAAGGCCCUCUUAUCUCGGGUUGUGGAGCUGACUGACGACCGCUCGGCUCUUAUAAUGGAGGUGGCCACUCUUCAGGAAACCGUCUCAAGGUUGGAGGGGCGGAUGAAGGAGAAGGAGGAGGAGCUUAAGAGACUGCGGAGAGAGCUGGAAGAAUACCAAUCUGAUGAUCCUGACGCUUGUCUGCCCAGCUCCAUGCGCCACUUCUCUCGUUCAGAAAUGGCCCGUGUGGUCAUGGAGAAGAACCAGUACAAGCAGCGUCUGUUUGAGUUACAGGAGGCUGUCAGACACAGUCAGACUCUUAGGGCUACAAAGGAGAGGUUUACAGAGGACAAAAGGUCCAGUGUUUGGAAAAAAUUCAACCGCUUGUUUAGCCUGUCAAAGGUACCAUUAGGAUCACCUACUACUUCUCCGUUGGUCCAGCCACCGUCUCCGUCCCUCAAACACUCUCUUAUGGUAUCUCCACAAAAAACACCUGUCAGUCGAACUCAGGCUGACAGCAUUUUCUCUAGACCUGCUUCUCCUGCUGUUGUUUCACCACGUGUCAGGAGGAGGGAACUCUACCGAGAAAUCCGCUCGUACAUUUGGGGGAAUCUGGGAAAGCGGCACAUUCAUGGCUGGAGCACACCUCUGGCACACACACAGGAGUCCAAUGAGCCUGUACCAGAGCCCAAAGAUGUGCCGGUUCUAGUUCAGCUCAGACUGCUGGAUCAAAGGGACUCCACUGCCAAGUUGCACUGUGCCGUUGCAGUCCCACCAGAGAUUUCAGGAGAGGCAACAUGUUCUGUGUGGGUAGUUUCUGGCCCCGCCUCCUGCAGUGAUAUUACAGUGAUUGAUCCAGCUCGGUCCAACACCGUACUGGAUCAGUUCAGCCUGCCCCCCACUGCCCCCGUCCUCUGCAUCUGUGCUGUGCCUCCCAUAGGUAAAUCUGCGGGCUCUGUCUGGAUUGGAACUCAGGAAGGAAGUAUUCUGAUACACGCCGCCGCCGCUGACCGGAGGUUCUGUCUGCAGUCAGCCUGUCUCUCAGAGGGCGUUCAUUCCCUCACGUAUUUCAGCAGUCAGGUCAUAGCCGGUUUAGCUGACGGGACUUUGGCUUUUUUCUCUCACACUUCAGAGGGCUGGAAUCUGUUGUCACACUCUGUGGUGCCUCUUGGAGUCAAUCCGCUGCAGCCCAUUCGCUGCUGCCUUGCCAAAGCUGGCCGUCUGUGGGUGGGAUACUGGAACAAAGUUCACGUAGUCAGCACUGACACCAAGAAAGUGGAGCAAGUUUUCUCAGUGUCGGAGCGCAGUGAACAGCAGGUGCGCUUCCUGUGUGCAGCAGGAAGUGGUGUUUGGAUAUCCUGCCGACUUGACCCCAUCCUCAGGUUGUUCGAUUGGUCCACUGGACGACCUCUACAAGAAGUUGAUUUUGCUGCUUUGGUUACCAAAGCAUUAGGCCAGCCUUUCCUGACACUCUCCCCUCUCCAGAUAUCUUCUCUCUGCGUCAUCUCCAGUCGUCUGUGGGUGGGCACAGGAGGUGGCGCCAUUUUCUCUGUUCCCUUGUCGAUAACCUCAGAAGCUGUCUCCAUCCCAUACUGCUCCACUGCUUCAGCCCAGCUGUCACAUCACGGUCACAGACAGUCGGUUAGAUUCAUCAUUUCUGCCCCUGGUUGUUUGAUUACCUUACCUGGCAGCUGCCAAAUCACUAACGCUCAGCUCAUUCUCAGUGGAGGGGAAGGCUACAUCAAUUUCCGAAUUGGAGAUGAUGGAAGUGAGGAGCAGACCGAGACGUCCCAGAACAAACCUCCGCGCUCUGAGCGCAGUCACAUGAUCAUCUGGCAGAAUCCCACUCCUCCUGUUCCCAGUCCUGCACUCUAACAGUUUUCAUCUCCUAAUUUUGCGUUUGUGGAAUUACUCAAAGGAAAAUGUCACCAGACAAGGAACUUGUGCCGUCGUGGAAUUUAGGACCCCAGCACUUCAGUACAAGCAUUUAUGUAAAACAAUGUUUGCAGUUUGUACCUGUUUACCUCAUUUCUUUUAUUCCUUCUUUGUUUUGACUGGUCUUUUUUCUGGUGAAUGUUUUACAGCAAAGUCAAUCUGAGACUUAAGUGUUUUAUAUUUUGUCAGUAAUUGGCCGUCGGGAGCAUAUUGCACUAUUGAAGAAUCAAAUUUAAGUCAAAACUAUCUAGUGGAAGGACUCAGAGAACCAUCUUGAAUCUAUUGAUGAAAUAGCAGGACUGGAGGUGACUCUUCCAAUAGCCGCUGUGGACGUUCUUACUUAUGAACUGGAACGAUUUUAGAUCCUUCAACAUAAAUGCAGUCAGGCACUUUAUUGUCUACCAACUCAAGCUGGUGAGAACUUAUGUGUGUUCUAUGGAAUCUCUACGAUAACCCUUUAAAUAGCUCUAUAAGUACCUAGAUCUUUAACAUUUGGGGAAAAAUGACAUCCAACAUAUUAUUUCUCAACCUGACAAAGGCAUUUUUCCAUCUGUUGUUUAUCUGUUGUCUUCUGUUUUCAUGAAUUGUUUGAGGGAAUUAUUGUUUAAAUUUAAGGUGUGAUGUUUAUAUCUAUGAAAUUAAGGGACAGGCAUUCAUUCUAUCGAGCACCCUGGACAGUAUUUAAUGCAAACGUAUGUUAAAUCAGAUACGUUUGUCUUUUCAUUCUUAUCAAGAACUACGGGUUUUGAAUAAAUCUUCAGCAAAUGUGA